AUGCUAUACGAACAAUAUCAUCAUCAAGAUCUUUUGACGCCAUCCAUUGGCGACGAUGGCGUCAAUAAAUUAAAUUCUAGUUUAACAUCACUUGAUUUUUAUUUACUUGAUGACAUCGAUGUUUAUCUAUCUCCUAUUCAAUCCACAAAAGCAGUCCAUAAAGAUUUAAUUGACGAUAGUCUCAAUGAUAAUAGUCAACAUCAAGAAGAAUUUUUCUCUAAUUUUGAUCUUGUUAAUUUCAAUGAUUUUGAAGAAAAUUCAGACUUUCUUGCUGAUUCAAUAUCAAUAGACGAAAUUGAUAUCGAAAAAUGGAUAAGUCAAGCAUCUUUUCCAUCUCCUCCCAUGGAUACAAAUAGUUCUUCUCUAUCAAAUGUUGAAGAUUCAUCACCAAUUGAAUAUACAAUCAAUCGAGAUAUGAUUGUACCACCAUCACCAUCUCUAUCAUCAACGGAUUCAUCUCCAAUAUCAUCAACAAAAAAAUCAAAAUUAUCAGUUAUUGAACGUAGAUUACGAAAAAAAAACCAAAAUAAAACAGCAGCAGAAAAAUAUCGAAUUAAAAAAAAAUCUGAACUUCAUCAAUUACUUGAUCGACAUUCAAAAUUGAAAGAUACAAAUGGAGAAUUAAAAUUGGAAUUAGAAAAUUUAACAUAUCGUAUUCAACAAUUUAAACAAUUAUUUGCUGAUUUAAUUCAAAUCAAUUCAUCGACAUCAAAUUAA